GGACCAGCAGCCUACGGAGAACUUGGACAUGGAUGCCCAAAAUAUCGACGUAGAAGAAGCGGAGAAGAGGCCGGACGACACCGAUUUCAGUGUCGCCACCAGACGGAGGAAGCGGGUGCGAGUUUCCUCCUCCGAAGAAGAAGAAGAACCCAGGCAGCGAAAGAUGCCAGCUGCCACAAAGAAGAGUGGUCCUAGAGCAACCAGGACCACCGAGGCCCCCAUGGCAGGAACAGGAGUUCCGCCAAUCAACAUCGAGGGCACCGCUGAUUGGUCAUCCUUGAGUAGGAUGAUGAACAGCAAGGGGAUUCAAUUCUCCAAAGCGAGGACGGCGGGUACCAGUGUGAAGGUAUUCACAAAUACACCAGCUGACUACCGUCAGCUAGUCGCACUGCUUGAAUCCAUCAAGCGGCCCUUCUUCACAUAUCAACUGAAGGAGGACAGGAUGGACCAGAGGGUCAUUCGUGGGCUUCCGAGAGAGAUGUCAGUCAAUGACAUCAAAGAGGAUCUGGUGAGCCAAGGCAUCGCAGACGCCGUGGUUCAGCAGCUGACCUCAAGGACCACAAAGAAGCCACUUCCGCUCUUCCUCGUCAAGACGAAGAUGCCGGAAAAGCUUGCAGAGAUCCAGAGGCUGGCCAUGCUCACGGCACAAAAGACCGAAGAGCCAGCUGCUAGAAGAUAUGGGACACAGCAGCUGAUGAGUCCUAAAGAAGAGGGGUAG